CAGUAAGCGAACGGCUUGAUCUUCAACAUCAAUCGAAUAAAUCCUCAAAGUAGUUCCUCUUUAGUUUUUUUUUUAUUCCAUUUCAAUGCACCGCAAUGCCCUUUACACAGCUUGGUACAACAUUCAAGGCACCACUUAUCAGUUGGAUUAAUAAGCCAUUAAGCUCAUAAUUACACUGGAGUUUCGUUUUACUGUUGCAUUAAUCGUUGCGAUAAUCAAUUUUAAUUGAAAUAAAAAAAACCCGAGUGCUCAUGUUUGAUUUCAUUGGUUUGCUUUAGCUUUCAUUAUUAACACCUUUCGACAACUAAACCCGACAUUUGCCAUUGUGUUUAGGACCUACACACACACACUCCAUUCAAUCGUAAACAUAAAGUUUACCGUAUUAGAGUUACCUUAACAAACAAGCAUCGCAUGCUAGCUUUUGGUUGGCAUUAAACGGUUAGCUGUGGUUUCUAUUCCACCCCAAACCAUCGACGAUCAAAACGAUCAUGGGAAUUUUUAAUCACCAAUCGACCGCCGUCUGAAUUUUUGGUCCCCUGUACUUCCGUCAUACAAUCCUUCGCCUACAUUUUGCGCUGGGUGCUUCGGGCCACCGAGAAAGGUACGGCGGAAGUUGGCCAUUCGAUAUGCGCACGAAGUUCCGCUCGAGUUACUACCACGAAUCCGAUCCUACUGGUCCCACCACACUGGUACGCACGAAACCCUUCGGAUGGGUCGCGCUUGCUAGUGAAUGCCUUUUUCGCUGCAAAUACCAUGAUCAUGUCCCUUUCUUCGAAGGGGCCUAAUUUUCUUAUAAAUAUUGCACUUCUGCGCGGUAAUUGGUGCAUUCAGUCAGUGAACGGUACAGCGAACGCACACGUUUGCUACAGUGUGAGCACCAUCCAACAGUAUUUGAAAAAAAAACAAAAACAUUUCCCCAUAUUUUCAAUCCUCGUGCAAUAACAACGAGGAACACUGUGUAGGAGGUGACGACUUAAUUUUAUCAAUUGUGUCGUAUUUAAUUUUUCAGUAGUAUGCCCGACCAGUGCAAGUGAGGUUGAAAAAUAUUAAUUCGGCAUCGAAACCCCGUGCAGUAGAUACAAGAUCAAACAAAUGGCAUCUAUGGCGUUACUAGGCACCGUGGCAAUAUUCCUACUAGCGCACUACACCACAAGGGCCAACCCGGUGCCAGCAAAAAUUCUUGGAAAGUAUGUGUUGUCGUAUCAAUCGCCUGGAUCCAAUAUUCAUCUUAAUGCUCAUGAAGAUCCGGAAGAAAUAAGCGAACUUUCCAAUGGAAUCGAAAGUGGUGAAAGUGAUGGACAGUUUGUUAGGUCGCCGACCGCAUCCAAACACUAUCGAUAUCGACCACAGUAUCAACAAACUGCCGAUCAGUACGAAGAGCUGGAGCAGGAGCGAGAUACUGCGGACUAUGCAGAUGAUUCGGCUACGGCCAGUGCUAAUCAUCAGCAUCAGUACAUGACAACGUACAAGACUGUGACCAAGCAUGGCGGUAGUACACGAAAUCGUCCCAGUUAUUCUGCCGCAGACAGUCAGGAGGAAGAAGAUGAGAUAGACACGAGUGCCAGUGAAGAAACGAACCCUUACAAUGCUUUCCGGGCGUAUCAGAAUAAGGGUAAAAAACACCAGAACCAUCAUGUCGGCGGUAGUAGCACGGGUGCUUCAUCUGGACAGGGUGGAUCAUCCCAUUACCAUGCAUACAGUCAGUAUCAUCAUCGGGGAAAGCAUCAGGAACCGCAGCAACAGCAGCCACAGUCACCACACCAUUAUCAUCAUCAGGUAUCUUCGGCCCAUACCUCCUACCAUCCACAGCUGAUACAAGCGUACAAGAUACUGCACGGAACUCCUAACCGUUUGCCAACGUCGCACGAGUACAACGAUGACGAGGGCAGCGAGGAGGAGGACGAAGAUGAAGACUUUCACAGCGGGGCAGCGAUCGGAGCAGCUGCCGGAACACCGUCCGGUUAUGGAGGAUCUGGACCACAGAUCAUCCACACCAAAGGCCGUACGAUCCCGAUCAGUCAGCAUGUGGAAAUCGAAACGCCUGUGCCGGUACCGUACGUCAAGAAGAUACACGUGCCCAUCCCACAGGAAGUGCGGGUGAGAAUUCCCCACCCGGUGCUGGUACCAAUCCCACGCCCUUACCCCGUCCACAUACCGGUCGCCCAACCGAUCGCCGUGCCUGACAUUAAGGAGAUUACGGUGCCAAUCGAAAAGAUUGUACCGUAUCCGGUGGAGAAGAAAAUUCCCGUCCCGAUAGAAAAACCGGUACCGUACCCAAUCGAGAAGCACGUUCCCGUCUACCUACCGCAGCCCAUCCCGGUGAAGGUGCCAAUCGUGAAAACAAUUAUUCACAAAGUCAAACAACAAACGGCGAGCGGCCCUACCUUACCUCCCGGAAGCGGUUCCUUGUGGUAGUGGAAUUCGGAAGCAUUUGCGUAUUGACUGGGGCAUCUGGACAAGCCUAUUUUUGCGCGCAUCGAACCGUGCCAAAGCUGCAUCUAUUUAAGCGUGGUCCGGAAUAAGUUUCUUGCUGGGUGCAUACAUGCUCCAAGCCGGCUUCCGCUAGCAAUUUUGUAUUAUUUUUUUGUUUUCUCUCUGUUAACCACUGAAGUUAGCUUUGGUGCAUGGUUUCAUAAUUUCAAGACGAUACCUAUUAAUCCGCAUUGUGCCAAUUAUGUUUACCAUGUUGCUUGUGUUGUUAGCAUUUUUUGUUUGCCUAUUUCACCUUACUCCUUCCAUUGCCAUUUUGCAUAUUUUUUUUUACAUCCAAUUACUUUUUGCCAUACAAUGUUGUUAAUGCACUUGUUAGCGUUGGUUUUUGCUGACUUGUUUUUAAUCAAAUUAGCGAUAGGAACAGACUUCGUUGAGGUGUGUUUGAUUUUUGCACUUCUUGUGGAUCAUUAUGCACCGUAAAUAACAAAAAUCAUUAUGACACUGUGUGUCUUCGAUUAUGGGAAACUAUUUCAUAAUGCCAUUUUGUUUGAAAUUUUCAUUACAUCACAAAAUGUAACAAAACUGUUAUUUUUUUUACCUUUUCAUUUCUUAACCAGAUUUAUAAGAUAUUUAUUGAUACGUUUGCUGCUUAAUUGUUUGCUCAGGUAAAAAUAUAAUACAUGUUAAAUCGUAAUAUUAACAUCUGCCCAUGCUUAGGCAUCUUCGGAUUGAAAAUUUGUUUUCAACGGUAUUUCAGAUUAAAUUACCAGCAUUAAUUAUUCUACAUAAAAUUGUUGUAUGUUCUGAGAUGAUUUUUACAGCAUAAUUUUCAACGAAAAAGGAUUUUAUUUAAUGUAUUGCGUACCAUAACAUACAACAGGACAGUUACAAGUAAUUCAAGUCACAAAUUUGGAUUGUGGAGCUAAAUUACAGAAAGGUCAAAUGUAAUGCCGUCAACCAUUUUGUUGUUAGGUUUGUAGUUAUAAUAAGGCAUACUUCUGCGACGAUAUUCAUCCAUUUUUUAAUACGCAUCGUUCACGGUUUUAAUGUUUGUUUAUUGAUAAAUUCAGCUUUGUGUUUCAUUUUACAUGAUUGCUAUUUGGAAUGUAUAGCAUGGUUUUCGUUAUUUUCAAUAUCUAAUAAAGCGAUUCAUUCAUAAAAUUACUAUUAACUGUGUGAGACUUUAAUAUAACAUUGCACAAUUCAAUCCAUGACCACUGCAAUAACGUAUCGAUUAUUAUUCUUUAUUUGGUACAAAAUUACCUGCAUUUAAUUUAACGUUUGCUUAGGCUAAUAAUACAGCUUAUUUGUUUAUUCUUCUUCUCCAUUUCUUCUCAUAGAUGGAAAACUUUCCUUGAUUCAGAAUUAUUUCUUUCUGCAGUUAUAUGCUUUAUUACAAGUGAUUUUAUGUUUCAUUUUAGAUUGUAUGUUGUUUUAUCACAUGUUGUUUAACACCUCUCACUAAAAUUGUUCUGUUUCGAACAUUUUUUUCUUCACUACCGUUCUUAAUUAAAAAAAAUGUUUAAUUCUUGUUCAAACUGUACAAAGACUUUGAAUUACAUUUUCCUACUAUCCUUCCCGACGGUCAGGUGUCAUAAUUACAACGCAGCCAGUCCUUCAUAGGAGCAAUUCUUUUCUAACUGACAGUUGAAAGCAAUCGAAAAGGGCUGGUUGUACUGCCGUAGAAUAUUGUACUUAUAAGAAUUUCUUAGUGUAUUCUCUAUUUUACCUUUAUAUUGCAACAACAACAUUAAUAUCUGCUUAACUCAAACACUAAAUACUCUUCACCUUUUUGCCAAUCCGGGUUAUAACAAUCAGAACGAUUAUGUUCAGACGAACAUAUUUUUAAAAAUGUCAUAAUCAUUGUAAAGCUAUCGAAACACCUAUGUAUGAAAAAACCUCGAUCGUUGCGAGUUUAAUAGCUACCAAAUGAUGUUAUCGCUCAAUAAACGACUCGUCUAGGUAGCCAAAAUGCCCUAAGACUAAAAGGGAAUCCUUUCCCUUCCCUUAGGAAGUAUUCAUAAACUAAAAUAAUGAAUGUAAUGUCAUAAUGUAUCUUAGUGGGGCGGUCAGGUUAGAAUUGAAUGUGCUGAGCUUGCCAUCUUCUCCCAAGAACAAGCGCACUUCUUCUGCAAUGAAGAUACCCUUGAACAGCGUCACGAAAAUUCCUGGAUUCAAAGAAAAAGGGACGCAAGAGAAGAUAGAUGAUGAUGAUAGUCUGUAUCUUAGGGUAGGAUACAAGGGUGACGAUAAAAGAUGAAAUUUAUAGGUAUUAUAAUGAUGUUAAAAUGUACGUGAGUAACAUACUAAUGUGGAUCAUAUUUUGCAGUUCCCAGAAAUAGCAUAUCUUUGGCAAAUGUAGUAGUAUAAAACCAUGUAACUGGAUUAGGGUUCAUGCUCGCUUUUAUUUUAACGGUUUACGAGAACACUAAUAAUCUGCAAACAGUUCGUUGCACAAAUAGUAUUGUAUAAUAUGAAUUCUUUUUGUUAUUAUUCCCAAGUAGGAACACACAUUAUUUAUUUAUUUAUUUAUUUAUAUUUGUUUUUUUGCUCGGUUAGAAUGACCUGGCCGUAUCAAGACUUAUUUUACCACGUAGCAGGAUAGUCAGUCCAUGCUACGGGGGGACGGUCCGGAUGGGAUUUGAAUCCGGUCCUGCCGUGUGGACGGGCAUUCAUUUGUUCACUCAUUCAUUUUGUUGAUAAAAAUGUAUUCAAAUGCAAUGUAAAUUCAUUACACUCAACAAACAUACAUUUUUUGUAAUCAAUGACUAAUUUGUCAAGAGCUAACCGUUUUGUUUGAAAGUUUUUUAACUGUAUUUGUAGCUAUGCAUCAUUCAUUAAAAAUAUCACAACCAGGCUAACCGUGCGGACGAUCUAUGAGUAAUGGGGAAUUCCACCAGGAAACAAUAACACAAAAAUAGAGUCAUACAAACAAACGCGUUCCAAAUUUGGCAACUGCUUUGUAUAAACCUUUCACUAGUUAAAUGUAAUAAUUUCACUUACAUCGAUUAUCUAAGCAAUGGAAUGACGAAUAUGUUACUACCGCUACAUUCCGCAAACAUGGGACUGGCCGAUACAACAGUGAGGACUUUCACCGAACGAAACGACGUAAACAUAUAUGCCGGAACUGAUCCGUAACUGUGGCUGCUGCUUCACAGCUAGUUGCAAGAUGAAGGGUGAAGAUCCUACCCUACAGUGCGUAACGGAAAAUUUCACUUUCAAGGCCAAUUAUCACACCGCACCCUGAGUGAAUACGUGUGGCCGAUGACUUUCCCAGUAACCAAGUAACCGAUAUUUUGCUCCGAAUGCGUCACGUUUCCUUGGUCCGGUUGAUGGACUGCUGCUAUUAAACCCAAUGGCAUUGACACUGUCAACAACGGCUGUACGGCAUGAUCGCGACCUCUGCCGAGCCGUUGUUAUCUCGGUUUCGCUGCAUCCAUUCUACGUCAUCUUGUUUUUUUAGACAAAAACAUUUUUCCUACCUUUUUGCCUUUUAUGCUCGUAAUGCGCAGUACGUUGUAAUGGGUAAAAACGCACGAUCGAAGUACAACAAUAACAAAGCAAAACCCUUUUAUCCACACCACAACAUCACACACAGUUUUUUUUUCUAUGGAAAACGACACGAAAACAUGCUUGGUUUUCAUUUCAUUUUCGAAAAGAUCACAACAAUAUGCAGAAUAUCAUCUAAAUAAAUGGGUCUAAAUGGGAUCUCCCAGAAAUGUUGUCUACUCGACAUCAACUUGUAACAUGGCAAAUUUUCUUUCAGAAUCUUCAUUGAAAGUAAUAGAAUCAUUAAUCAUAAAACAAGAACUGUUUAUAAAAUUAAAGAUAUUCGCAAUGUAAAAAAAUCUGAAGAAUGAAAA